GCUUCAAAGCAUCCAAUCAGGCGUGAGUCUGGACCUGCUUUUCUACUGAACUCACAAGUUCAUUACCUCACUAUCACUUUGUCUAAACAGGAACGAUGAUCACACUCUUUGUCGCGCUUUACUCUCUUUUUUCUCUCUGCACAGCUGUAAAAACUUCUGACAUCAAGGAGCUUCAUGUGAAAACAGUAAAGCGUGGAGAAAAUGUAACUAUGGAGUGUAGCAUGAGCAAGGUCACAAACAAAAAUAAUUUAGCUUGGUACAGACAGAGUUUUGGAAAAGUGCCUCAGUAUUUUGUAAGAUAUUACAGCUCCAAUAGUGGCUACAAAUUUGCAGAGGGAUUUAAAGAUAGCCGCUUCAGUAUGACUGUAAAUGACCAGAAGUUUGAUCUCAACAUUAUCGGAACAAGAGAAGAUGAUGGAGGAGAAUAUUUCUGUGGAGAAGUGGAGGGAAAUAUAAUAAAGUUCACAUCUGGAACACGUCUGCAAUUUGAAGGUGAAGAGAUGAAACACUGUCCUACACCUGGAACGGUUAACAUCAACACAGAUUCUGUUACAGGGUCCAAUGAGGGUUCAAAGAGCAGUGAUGGAGAAAGUGCUUCAUCAAGAAACCAUCAAACUCCCACCAAUCAGGCUGAUGAUGAAGAUGUCUUGAACUAUGCAGCUGUGAGUUUUGCUAAGAAACCUUCAUCCUCCAGAACAUCCAGAGACAAGAGCCAUGAAGACGUUUAUGCACAAGUUAAAAUAAAAUAGAUAAAGACAAUGACUUCAGACUUGAAACACAACCAAAAUGUAAGUGUUAUUGCCGUUUCCAUGGUGACUCCUAACAUCAUUCAUCUACUGAUUUGCUUCACUUGAUGGAUGAAGCUUUAAAAAAUAUUUCUGAUCAAAAUCCUACAUCCUGCUGUUUUUUUCUUUCUUGAAUGAAAGUCUUAUAUUUGGGAUUUUUUCUCAGCAUUUUCUCUUGCACAUGAUUUCUAGAAUGUAAAAGAACAUUUUGUUUGAUUCUGAAGGUUAAAGUAUUAAAGAACGGCUCAUGGUUCACAUCUUGCUUUAACUUUAAUUUAUUUUGCUUUGAAACACAUGAGUUUUAUAAAGAGGAUAAAUCUGGUGAAUACCGUAAUUAAUGUAGAUUAUCUGAACAUUUAGUAGUCAGUACAUCUGUAAAUGUAAAACUUUUAUACAUUUGAACAAUUUUCCAGAAAUACUGAGGACCUUUAAGAGGGCUGAGUAUAAAGACGAGUGUUUACUGCAUUACUGAUGAGAUUCCACUGUUUAACCUGAAAUUAAUCUCCAGGCAAUAAAUAUUCAAUUUCAUUAGAAAUGUAUAUUGAUGACUGAUGAAGUGUCGAGGUUUUCUUUAUCUUAAUGUUUUUCACAAUUUACAUUGUGCCUCCUUAAUAAAUUCCACAAAUGCCAUA